UCGGGCGGGACCCAGGCUGGACCGCGGGCCCCGGCCUGGGGGCCACAGCUGCCACCGGCGCCGCCACCUUGUGUCUUCCCCAUCCCCGCCCCUCCCCGAGUCUCCCCGCCUCACUCGGGCCCGUGGCCGGGGUCCCUCCCCGCCACCUCACCCCGCGCAGAUGCCGAAGGUGAAGGCGUUGCAAUGCGCCCUGGCGCUGGAGAUCCGCUCUGUAACUUGUCCAGGAGUGGUGCUGAAAGACAAGGAGGACAUCUACCUUAGCAUCUGUGUGUUUGGCCAGUAUAAAAAGACACAAUGUGUCCCAGCCACUUUUCCACUGGUCUUCAAUGCCAGAAUGGUAUUUGAAAAGGUGUUUCCUGAAGCAGUAGACCCUGGAGAUGUGGUUGCACAGCUUGAGUAUGACACAGCAGUAUUUGAGUUGAUACAGCUAGUUCCACCAGUGGGUGAAACACUGUCUACCUAUGAUGAAAAUACGCGAGAUUUUAUGUUCCCGGGUCCAAACCAAAUAUCUGGACACCAUGAUUCAAAUCGCCAGGUGACCAUGAGGAGGAUUUCUGGCCUAAGAGGAAUUGCUCCAAAGCUGGAAUUUUCUACAACUUCAGUUAUUACUGAAUGUCUGAUAAGUUCAAGGAAGUGCCGCACUCAGGAUAAAUUUGUUUACCAUUCAACUCCAGUUGAAAAAUCACAUGGCAGACUGCAAAGCAGAACAUCAAGAUCACAAAAGAAAAAAUCCAAGUCACCUGAUAGAAAUAAGUAUUGCAUAAAUGCAAAAAGCUACGAACAGCCUACAAUUUCUUCAAAAUCUCACUCUCCAUCUCCCUACACAAAAAGACGCAUGUGUGAGCUAUCUGAAGACACCAGGCGGCGCCUGGCCCAUUUAAAUCUGGGACCAUAUGAAUUCAAAAAAGAAACAGAUAAGCCUCCAUUUGUGAUUAGACAUGUUGAUCCUCCAAGUCCCAGGGCUGAUGCUGUGUUUGGAUCUUCUGGCAGAGACUGUGAAAGAGAUGGAUGGGCCAGAAUGCACAAUGACCAUUCCCAUGUUGGCUGUUGUCGUGCCAAGGAUUAUAAGGUUAUCAGGACACCCCAUGGAAGAGACUUCGAUGACUCUUUAGAAAGGUGUGAAGACUAUUUGGGCUCCAGGCCAUGUAUGAAGCCCCAGCAUUCAACGAGGACCUUACUAGUCCACUCAGCGCCCUCAUCAGUGCCAAAGCAUUGCCCAAGCCCCAUGUUAAAUAGAGCUUCUCUCAGGGAAAGAUUCCAUUCUGAUUGGUGUUCACCAAACUGUGAUGAGAUCCACGACCGGGUAAAAGAUGUCUUGAAAUCACAUCAAGCUCAUCAAAGGCAUUUAUAUGAUGAGCGAGACCCAGAGAAAGAUGAAGAACUGGAACUGAAAAGAGGUCUUUUAUACAGAGACUCUGCCUACGACAGUGACCCUGAGUAUAGCUCGUUUCAGCGGCCACGUGGCAAUCUCCAUUUAGAUGACAGCGAGUACUGGUCCAACAGGGCAGCUUCUUACAAGGGAAAAUCCCACCGACCCAUGUUUGAGAACAGCAUGGACAAGAUGUACAGGAACUUAUACAAAAAGGCCUGUAGCUCCGUUUCUCAUACACAAGAAAGCUUCUGAGACCGCCCACCAUAAACUGUAUGAGUGUCCAUGUUAGCCUCUUAAUGAAAAGUUUCAUGUGAUCAAAAUCUGUACUCCUUUCUUUAAAAACAGGUGGUUCACUGAGUUGUUAGACUUGAAUCAAGUACAUACUUCCGGUGGUAAAUUAGCUUAGGCAAGUCUUGUUAUGACAGAAGAUUGUGCUGUGUCUAGAUGUCACACCUCGGCAGCACAUCCCAGCUUGCAGUCUUUGGCAAGGAUUCUCCACAGCCUGCAUCUGACACCACCAGCUACUGAUAAGAGACAAAUCCUCUCCAGAAAUGUUCUGCCUUUAUCACCUUGUAAUUUUCCUUUCAUCUGCUGGGCUGAUUAUCUUGUAUGGGAAAGAAUUAAUAUGAACUCACCUUUCUAGAUAAUAUGCAAAAGGACAUACUUUGUAGAAAUGAAUCUCACAAGUUGAAACCCUGUUUAAUACUAUUCACUUUUCUUUCUCAGAAAAGCAAUUUUAUACCCAUAAAAAUAGCUUUCUUUUUCAAGUUCAUCUAAUCACUCACUCCUCCUCCUCUGGAAGGAC